GAUGAUGAAACCGGUCAAAGUGUGGGUUCACGUGAAGAUUUCACAUCACUAAGUUUAGGAGAUUGCCCAAAUCUUGAACUAACAGAGGAUGGACCUGAUCUUACACCUCGAGCAUGGGACUUAUUUUCAUCUGUUGGUGCCUAUGAUACUGACAUUGAAGGAGAGGAUGUUGUUUUAGGAGCAAGUAAGAGGCUUCGUUCAGCGGUUGACCAUGUCUUGAAUCUUCUAACUAGGACUCUUGAUAAUCAGCAAAGCCAGGAUUUUAAACUACUUUUAAAACGUAAUGAGGAACUCUCACAGGAAUUACAAGAAGAAAGUCAGAGCAGGGACUCGAUUCAUAUGCAGUUGCUCACUGCAGAAGGUAUGAUACGAAAGGUUGAAAAUGAGAAGCAAAGAUUAGAAGACUUAAAUCAUGAACUAAUUGAAAGGGAAGAAAAUUUAAAGCGAGAAAUUUCAUCUACAAGAAACAAGCUUUCAUUUGUGGAGCAAGAAAAAGAUGCCAUAUGUGAUGAAGUUCGAGCUUUGAAAGAGCAAUGUGAAUUAUUAUCUAGUCGGCUUGGUGAUCCGGAAAAAACUGGAAAUGAUAAAAUGUUGGGUUCAUCUGAGAUCUGUGUGCAUGACAAAACAGAACUUCUUCAAGAAAACUCAAGGCUAUCAUCUGAAAAACAUGCAGUUCAAAAGAACUUAAGUAGAGAACGCCAAUCUUUUAUGGAUCGCAUGCAGGAAAUGGAGGUAGAAAUAGAAGAAUUGAAGGCAGAAAAAGAUGAUCUAGUUGAAAAUAAAUGUAAAGAAAUUAGAGAUUUGAAAGCAGAAAUGGAGGCCAUGGAGAAGCAGCUACAGUCUAAUAGAAAAUUUAUUGAUGAGCAAGCUGUAGAAAGGGAACAAGAGCGUGAAGAAUGUUUGAAAGAAAUUAGUAAACUGCAGGAAUUUCUCAGAGAAAAAGAAAGAAUUCAAAGCAAUGAAGCUCAAAUGACUAAAGAGAUUGAGUCUUUAGAGCAGCUGUUAAGAUCUAGAAUCGAAGACCACAAGAACACCAUGGCGAAGAAGGAUGAGCUUGAGAAAGAGCUGAGACAGUCAGUUGACAAAAUUCGUGACUUGAGAGAAGUCAUAGAAGAAUUAGAAAAACAACUUGAUGUGAAAACAAGAACUGAGAAUGAAUUAAAACUGAAAUUAUCAAACAUAUUUGAGUCUCUUGCUAAACAAGAAAAGAAUGUUAUUGGUAUUGAUGAUCUAGAAGAAUUGAAGAAUACACAAUUUAAUUCAGAAUCAAUUGAGCAGCUUCAGAACCUACAGGAGCAAGUGGCAUCUCAGAACCAAGAAAUUCAGACGAUGUCCCAAAGUCAGACUUUACUGCAUGAACUCAGAGGGCAGAUCCAUUUCUUGGAAGCAAAAGUAGACCAGCGAGUUUGUCAGUUGGAAUCCUCUCAGAGGACCAGUCCGAUACAAAGUGAGGAUGCCUCUCCAUCCAGCUCCCAAGACAGUGAGUGCUUGCAUAUCCCUUGCGAGGAUGGUUGGGAAAUGUCUCCACGAUCCGUCCACUGGCUGGAAGUGAGGAGAUUAGAAGAAAAAAUUGGUCGCUUAAUUCAUGUUGACGAAGACCUUCUCAGAAAGAAUCAAGAUUUAGAAGUUCAAAUCAAGAAAAUAAGGUCAUCAUAUAGUGAAUGUGAGCAUGAAAACAUGGCCCUUCAAGAGAAGUUGUCUCAACAGUUACUUCAAAUAUCUCGUUUGACCUCACUCAUAGAUGAACAGAAAUAUCGAAGUGGCACUCCUCAGAAAAACCCGUUUACUGCUGAGAAGUUGGAAGAGCUCCAGGAAGCAUUUGAAAAGCAGCUAGAAAUUAACAAGAAAAUGAUGUCAGAGCCUUUAGACCAAAGCAUUAUUCAAAACUUUAAAGUUGGAUAUAGGAAAUUGUUUUUAAGGCAUGUUAUUUCGCAAGCUUCCAGUGAAAACAGUGCUCAGCUCGCAAAGUCCGUGAAUGUAUCGAAUGCAAUCCAGUGGAUCACUAAAGCGGUUUCCUCAAUAUCCAAAAGUUGCGUUCAGAACUGUUUUAAAAAAGCAGGCUUUAAAAUCCAAGAUGUAAUAGUCAAUGAAAGUAACAACGAAGAAAAUGAACUCUCCGAACUUGCUCGAGUCACUGGCUGUGAUAUUCCGAUUAACGAUUAUAUAGCGAUAGAUGAAAAUUUAUGCACUAAUGACACCAAUGAGGAUAUCACUGAUUUCAUCUCUGAGAAAUUUGAAGAUGCAGGAGGAAGUCUUCCAGAGGAUCUUGAAAGUAGUGAGGAAGAAGAAGAGCCAGAAGAAGAUUGCAAAAUCAAAAAUUAUAGUGAUGCUUUAAGACAUAUCACACAGUUGCAAAAGUUUAUGUUGAUAAAUGGUGACAGUGAAGGACUCGGACUCAUUAGCGACUUUAGUAUACAUCUUCAGGAUGCAAGAAAAACUAUUAGUGCUCUUCAAGAUGAGAUUUGUCACAAGGAGGAUGCCAUUGCAGUACUUCAAAAGAGUUUAUCAGCAUUAUCUACACAAAAGUCUAAUGAACAGCAAACGAAGCCUGAAAUGACUCAAAAGGACUUUAAUGAAGAAGAUUGGCCUGAAUGCUUUGAAUUACUGUUGGCGGAGAAAAAUGAACACAUUGAUAGCCUCACCGGUGAAUUAGAAUGUUUGCAGAAAGAAUUAGCCCAACUGAAGAAAAAUAAAAACGAAGUAGCUAAUCAAGAACUCAGCAAAACUUUGAAAUUUGAUGUAGAAGCAAAAACUAAAAUUCUUGAAGUAGAGGAAGAAAAUGAACAACUAAAGUCACAAGUAGAUCAUUUGAAAAAAGAAAUUUCUGGUUUGAAGAAUCUCCUUGCAGAAGCUGAAAAGCAGAUUGAGGUGGGAAAAAUCCAAGUUGAUACUAUUUGUGAAGAAAUGACUGAUCAAGCUAAUAAUAUGAAACGAUUAGAAGAAGAUUAUAACCUUGUUCAAAGUAUGAUGCAAGAGAAGGAAAGAGAGCUUGCUACAUUACAGGAAGAAACGGAUACACAGUUAAAAUUAGAAACAGAGUUGGAGUCACUAGAAAAUGUUCUGCAAGAGCAAAAAAUUUAUGUUAAAGAACUUGAGGUCACCAUUGAGGAAUAUAGGAACUCUGCCAGUAAUGAAAAUAAUCAAGCACAUAUUUUGAUGCAAGAAAUUGAGAAAGAAUAUUCUUCCAAAAUAGAAGAGUUAGAAGAACAGGUCAAGAUUCUAAAGAAGCAGCUUUCGUCAAGUGAUAAUAUUGACUGUCUGGACAUUUCUCAAAUUAAAGCAGAUAUAACGGAGGCAGUGAAAGUUUUCCAUACAAGUGCUGAAGAGGAAACAUUUGAAGAGAUUUUGUGUGCAAUUUUGAACAAAGCUUUUGGUUUGCAAAUAAAUCGGUUGGAAAAGCAGCAUGCAAUGAAUGUGAAUGAAAUAAACCAAAGCUGGGAACAAAGAAUUCAUACAGAAAUCGCUUCAAAAGAGAGCGAGUUCAAGGAGUUGAAUGAUAAAUUGAAAAAAGAAAAUUGUUCUUUGAAAAAGAAACUCAAAAAAGAAAGUGAAAAAAUUUCUGCUGAAAGAAAUAAGUAUUGGUUGGACAAAUUACAAGUUGUCAAAAACACGCUUCUAAGUGAACAAGAGAGAAACUCAAAACUUACCAAGUGCUUAAAAGAGGUAGAAACCCAAAAUGAAAGUCUUAAAAGUUCUCUUGAAGAAACAUCGAGAGAAAAAUGUUCUUUACAAACAAUUGCAAACAACUUGAGUUCUGAAGUUCAAAAAUUAAGAUCAGAGCAAUUAGAAAAACAAAAUGAGUGGUUAAAUGAAUUUGAGAAAAGAAAAGCAGAAAUGCAGAAAAAUUUACGUUCAAAAUUUAAAGAAGAAAAAGAUUACAUAGAGUCUAUUUAUAGUGAUAAAAAUAAGAAAUUACAAGCAGAUUUGAAACUCAGACUAGAAAUGGAAAGAAUAACAGAGCUGAGACACAAGGAAGAAUUAAAAGCAUUGCAUAAAUAUUUGGAAGCAAGAUGGGUGAAUGAGAUUCAAAAAAUUCGACUAUUUCAGAGUGAAGAACUGAAAAAAUUUCAAGAUAGUAAGGACAAGAAUGUUGAAACUUUUUGCAAUCACUUGUUUUCAGAAUAUGAUGACAAGUUCAAGAAAGUUCAACAAGAGCUACAGUUUGCUGAAGAGCAGAAUAGGAACUUCUUGCAUCACAAGCAUGAGUGGGAAAAAGUAAUAGAAGCCAUGAAGUCCAGAUUUGAAAUAGAAAAGAAAAAUCUUGUUGAAAAUAAAGAGAGAGAAUUCAAGUUGGCAUGCGACUUGCUGAAAGAGAAGUACCAAAAACAGCUUCUUGAGAUUCAGAACCUUAUCUCUGCCGAAAAGGAAGAUGUUGCGAGGGGAAAAGUUCAAGAGAAAAGACAACUGAUGGCCCAACAUCAGAGAGAAAUGUUAAAUUUGAAGCAGGAGCUUCAAGAAAAAUAUGAGAAACAACUUGCUGAAAAAGAUGCUGAAGCACAGCGUUUGGAGGAAGCUUGCAGGAAACGGGUUGAAGAAGUUUAUGCACUAAUAAGAGAAGCAAAGAGUGCAGCUUCUCAUGGACAUCGAUCUGACUCUGGAUCAAACAGAACCAUGACCCCGUCUUCAGACAUCACUUCAUCUGAUGAAGCUUGCAGUUCCUGCCAAGAAGACAUGCUUUUACGAAACAAGCAUAUUCUAGUCAAUAAAAUUCAUCAGGAUGGGAAAAGAGUACUUUCAUUAGUAGAAACAGUCCAAAAUCCAGUUGCUCUUGAAAACGAAGCGCGUCUCUGGCUGGAGGAACGAAGCUGGAUAAUCAAUCGACUUAAAGAGGUUACAAAAGAACCGAUUAACGAUAAAGUGAAUUUGAAGAAAGUGAUCAAUGAUUUAAUUGAAGAGUUGCAAAAAGAAAGAUUAAAUUUUAAGCUUUCAACAGAUGAAGUGCUUGAAUUAAAGACAGCUUAUGCUCAACUGAAGCAUCAAUUUAAUAUGCAACAGUCCAAAGUACAUGAUUUGUAUAUACACUUGAACCAACAGAAAUCGGCCAAUUUCGAACUUGAAACAUUGCUGAAUAGCAAAACUUCUGAACUGAUGGACUUAAAAAGGAGUUUAGAUACCGAAAAGCUUUUAGAUAAUGAAAGAUUUUUUUCUCACCAUCCUGAAGAAGAUUCAAAUCUCAACACUAUUUCAUCCUCUUAUGAAAUAGAUCAACUUAGAAGUGCACCUGAACCAAGGUCUACGGAAAAAUUAUCUUUGUUUCUGCCUGAAAUUGAAAGUAUCCCAUCAGUUCAUGAAAAUACAAGUGUAAAACGACCAGUUGAUUUUGGUUCUAUAUUAGAAGAAAAUGCUCUCAAAUCUCCCGAAGAAUGCUGUUCUCCUAUUUCUGAUGCCCAAGAUGCAGAGAGCGAAAUCAUGAGCGUCAAGGACAGGUUCAUGACGAAUUUUCGCUCACAAGAGAAAAUUUCAGAUUAUGAGUCCAAACUGCAUGGCUUGUACUGGAUUUACCGAAGAAUUAAGAGCUACAAUAAAUCUUUAGUCUUUCAAAAGGAAUACCUCAUUGGACUACUGCGAGGUUUCCAAAUGACAGAGAAAGUGACAUUAGCCUGGCUAAGCUGCAUGAAUGAUGGCAGCAGUGGUGGUGACAUUGAUGCUAGACAAAGGGGACGAUCUCGUUUCCGAGCCUAUGCCUUUGCUGUGAUUGCACUGCAGCGCAUGAAGUUUUGUGUGAGGCGCCGCAGGUUCUUUUUAGCUAGGAUUCCUUCUUCUCAAGUCAUCCAUUCCAGGGUGCAAGAGGCAUUUCAAGCAUACCCAUUUCUCUCUGCAAACUUAAUGCCGGGUGAUGGCAGCUCAUCAUCAUACUCUUUAGCUUCUGUUCCAACAUCCCUUCAUGAAAAUGGAAAUCAUUUUAAAGAAAAUCAUCCUUCAAGCUUUUUAAGUUCAGAGAUGAAAAUGCAGCAAAAUUCUCCUACAAAAAGCCAACUUUCAGAAUAUGUACAUAGGUUGAAAUUCUUACAAAAAGAGUUGGGACUUGACAAUUUUAGAUGAUAUGGCAUUCACUUUGUACAUAUGAAAUUGUGUGCCUAUUUUUUUAUUUAAUACAUAAUGCCAAAGAUUUGUAAAUUAAAUAUAUUAUGCAUUGUUCAGAGUCUUAGAAAUUUUUAUUUGAUUAUUUUGUGUACAACUAAAAAAUGCUUGUAUUUUGGAACAAAAAAAUAAUCUGGUGAUAUUUAUGUUUUUCCUUUUGUGCCUUAUGCUUGAAUAAUGUGUUUAGUUACUAUGCUUUUUUAAACUUCACUGAAACUUGAAAAAUCAAUACAAAUACAAAAAUGAAGAACAGCAACAGGCUCUGGGCUCAUCUAGGCUGUUCCUAGUCAAUUAAUUCAUUAAUCCCAGUGAAGAUCAAGAGCCCUCUAAAAAAAUAAACUAUGAAUUACAAAUGUAUGUGUUCAAAAUUGCUUCAGUGCAGUAUUUCCAACACUCCUAUCUUCUUGUAUGUUAAUGUGUAAGUUUUUAAUUUUGUUUCAAAGGCUUUGAACCCUCAUAAAACAAGUGCAUUGUAUGUAUAAAAUUGUAUUUAUAUUUUUUCGUGUGUUUUAGAUAAGAUUUUAAAAUUACAUUUUUGUACUAGAAAAAAAAAAUUAAUAAAAUUCAGUAUUAUGUAAAUUUUACGUAAAGUGAUAAGUUGUAAGUUUUUGCGAAAAACUUUUCUUAAAUGAUUAAUUUUGUUAAGUUCAUCAAUGAUAUAAUCAUUACUAACUUCAAACUACAGUUGGACCUUCUAUUUUUUUUUUUUUUUUUUUUUUUUUGAGAGAAAAUAAGAAUUUCUUUAUAAGAUAUUCUCCAAAUAUAGCGAAGUACAUUCUUCAUUUAGUAUUUUUUCUCCACAUUUCCAAAAAUAUUUCCCUCUUUUUCCUACAUUUAUGGUGCUCAAUUAUUGUGGAGAAACUUGCUUUCUUAAGAAUAAUAAUUCAGUUGCAAUCCUCUAAAACUUGCAAAUGACGCUGUCAUUCUUCGCAUUUCCUUAGGGAUGUGACAUGUUUAAAUAUUUCGUAACAGUUCAAUGUAGAUUAUAAUUUGAAGAAAACUUGCCUAAAAAUCUUUUAAAGCACAGGAAAGAGGCAUGACUUAUUACGAAGAAAAACUUUUUCUGACACAUUAUUUUCUUACUUUUUUUUUUCAGUAAAAAUGAAAUGAAAAAAUACUGCUUUUAGUUUCAGUUAUAUGACGAAACUUCUUAAUUUUUAAGCAAGAAAAUGUUGUAUGCAAUGUAUUUUAACACAAAAAAUUUCAAUUGAAAGCCACAAAUUAGAAUUUUUUUUCUUUUAUCAAAUUGAUAUGUUUUAAAAUGUGUGUUUCAAUAUUUUAUCACAUGAUGAUAUUGAAAUCCACAAAUCAGUAUUUUUUCUUUAUCAAAUUGAUAUGUUUUAAAAUGUGCAUUUCAAUAUUUUAACACAUGAGAGUGAGUACAUAUGCAUUUACAAUUUGUCUUUACUUAGUUCAAAGGAUUAUAAAUUGUGAAUCUUUUUUAAAUUGUUGUUUUACUUGUAAAAACUCUUCAACUAAAUUUUUCAAUUCUAUUGUCUAAAGACAAAGACCCAAAUGUAACAAAGGUAAUUUCAAAUUACCUAUUGUUUUUUCUCUGUUUUAACACUAAUAAAAUAGUGUAAAUUACAGCAUGCUUAAGUUCUUAGGAAGCAAAAAAUGUCAAUGUUUAUUGUUGGCUUUAUAUAAGUUAAAUAUAAAUUGUAGGGUGGUUAAAAAAAACUUUUUUUUUUAGCUAGAGUCCAGGACACGCCCUAUUUUUUU